CUUCCACCGUGCACCCGCUUCCUCAAUCUUGCUUCCGCUCCCCAUCCUACGGCCCGGCCUCUUAUUAAACCACUUCGAUUCCUUUCCCGGCCUUCCGCAACACCUCUUCACUUCUUGUUGUCUUUCGGCUCUAUUUCAUUCUUUCCUUCCAGAGCCUGCUAAUCACUUUCUGUCGCUCCUUCUCUCGCCCGCCUGGUUGGGCGCAUUCAAGACUCUGUUUUCCCGCCUGCAAUCGCGUGCUCUCACAAUGGACGCGCUCAAGUCUCUUCCUCUACCGACUCUCGAUCGACCUUUCGGCAUCGAACUAUGGCCUAUCUUCGCUAAAGGCUACCAGGCCAUCUUUGGCUACUCUCCUGACGACUUCAAGUUUGAACAAGGCGAGACGCCCAUGUCGACUUUCAAAGAGACGGUUAUUGCAUUGGUCUCCUACUAUAUCAUAAUCUUUGGCGGACGGGAACUGAUGAAACACCGCCAACCCUUCGUCCUCAACGGCCCUUUCAUGAUUCACAAUCUCUAUUUGACCCUCAUCAGCGGUGGUCUUCUGGCGCUCUUCAUCGAACAACUUUUGCCUGAAGUGGUCCGAAACGGCAUUUUCCACGCCGUCUGUAGCUACAACGGUGGUUGGACCGAUCGAUUGGUUAUGCUCUACUACAUGAACUACCUAACCAAAUACCUCGAACUCAUCGAUACUAUCUUUCUCGUCCUCAAGAAGAAGCCACUCACUUUCCUCCACACUUAUCACCAUGGCGCGACCGCUCUCCUCUGCUACACGCAACUCGUUGGCCACACUGCUGUUUCUUGGGUGCCUAUCACGUUGAACUUGACGGUCCACGUCGUCAUGUAUUGGUAUUACUUCCAAGCUGCCCGUGGUGUCCGCAUCUGGUGGAAGAAAUACAUCACCAUGCUCCAAAUCAUCCAGUUCGUCAUCGACCUGUUCUUCGUCUACUUCGCUUCCUACACCUACUUCGCCAACAGCUAUUUCCCCUGGGCGCCAAACUACGGUACCUGUGCAGGAGAAGAGUUUGCCGCCUUCGCUGGCAUGGGAAUCCUUAGUUCUUAUCUGUUGCUCUUCAUUUCCUUUUACUUCGCGACCUACAGAAAGCAGAGCGCUACAGGAAGACCUAGGAGGAAUACUGGAAAGGAAGCUCUGAUUGCCAUGAAGGAUCUUCCUCUCCCAGACCCGCACACGAUUCCUUCAGACGAGAAGAGGAGUAACGGUGCUAUCGCCACCGGCCGAGCGAAUGGCCCAACUACAAGAUCCCGAAAGGCUUAGGAAGCUGAUGUGGAUGACCGUUUCAGUGAUGAGAUGUUUCCAUCAUUUACGAAGGUCGAAAAAGACAACAAUCCAGAGAUUCGAAGCAGUGAAGAUUACGUCCGGCAACAGUUGGACUCUGUUUCAUCAGAUCUCUCAAAGUACGUUUGCAUGGAUCCUGAUUGUGGGUAGACAUGAUCUAUGCAGCACGAAUAGACAGCUUGGAUCACCUCUGGUCACGUUAAAGAGGUUGGGCCAUCAAAAGGGCCAAGGUCCUUAGACGAAGAAAGGGAAUCGAGGUGCGAAGUCUGUUGGUUGAGGUUGCGACGUGUACAAACAUUGGCGUCAAAGAUGUCGAGAGCAUUGCUGGACUUUAGGACCGGGUUCAGCGGUGCGUCCUCCAUCUCGGGUUACAUUUUUGCAUCUGUGUAACUACAUGCAUACUCACUAUUAAUACAUGAAAAGUAAUGUGGAGGCAAUGCCGUUAUAGCAGGAGAAACAAAAAGAUCGAAAAAGUCAAACAUCACAUCUUGUUCUAUGUCGGUAUCGAAACCUGUGCCCGUACCGCCUACAUUUGCC